GCCUGCUAUGUGCACGGGAGGGCAUCCAUAAAGCAAGUUAUAAUUGCCAACUUUGCCAGGGAAAUCAUCAUAUUGGUAUGCCCCUGAAUAAUAAUUAAAAAAGCAUUAACAUCUUGAAUUCAAAUCUCAUUGCUAAAAGUCUAUAAAAAUUGUGAAGAUAUUAAAAACUUUAACAUAAUUAGUUAGACCCCACAUGACCAGACUAUGUCUCUGUAAGUCUGUGUGGUUUUGCUAAAAAUAAUUUGUUGGUAUAUUUUAAUAAAAGUUGAUAAAACGAUUAAAAAAUUGUGGAUCACCAAAAAUAUGUUAUCAUUUUAAUUGGAAUUUUUAUAAGCUUCUUAGAGCCUGUUUGGUUUGGAAUAAAAUCUAAUUUUAAUAUAAGUCAAAGUCAAAGAAUCAAUAUUAACUACAUCUUUCACGGUCCCACAUCUUUUCAACUAUAUAUUUCAAAAACUUCUAUAACAAUUUAUUAAAAAAUCUAAGUUUAAUCUCCACCAUAAAUCCUCUUAAACUAUAAAAAUUAGACUAAAUAAAAAUAGUCCGCCUUAACAUCACAUGCAUGUUCUAAAAUCUAAAUGGUUUCAGAGGAAAGAAACGGGAGCAUACCCCUUUUGGCUGCCAUAUUACGUUCAAUAUCCUCAAUCAGCUUCUUUUGAACAAAAGUAGAAAACAUCACGAGUAAGGAAAGAUUUGACAGUGUACAAUAUGUCAAACAGAACUAGAUUGUCUUUGACACCACUCUAAUGUUGUUUUCCAACUACAGUUGCUCCAAGAAAAUAUUUUUCAUUUUUAAUUUUGUCCUUAAUGUGUUCCAUGUUCGUCAUCUAAUUAACCAAACACCCAAUCUACACCUCUAUAAAACCUCAAUGCCUGAAAGUUGAAUUUUCACUCAUCACUCCCAACCCUUCUCCCUGAGAAGAUACAAGAGAAAAUAUAGAAUUAUGGGUGUCUGUACAAUUCACUUCCUGCUGGCUUCAAUGGGAUUUUUCAUCUCAUUGGUUCUUCUUCCUCAGCACGCACAAGGCAUAACCAGGCAUUACGAGUUUAACAUCACAAUGCAAAGCGUGACACGGCUGUGCCACACAAAAAGCAUGGUCACUGUAAACGGGCAAUUUCCUGGACCUCGCAUUGUAGCUAAUGAGGGCGACCGUCUACUUGUCAAAGUCACAAACCAUGUCCCCAACAAUAUCUCCAUCCAUUGGCAUGGAAUUCGACAGCUUAGUAGUGGAUGGGCCGAUGGACCUGCAUAUAUAACACAGUGUCCCAUUCAAACUGGGCAGAGUUAUGUGUACAAUUUCACUAUAAUUGGCCAAAGGGGAACCCUUUGGUGGCAUGCACAUAUUUCAUGGCUAAGAUCAACUGUUUAUGGUCCUCUAAUCAUUCUACCCAAGCAUAAUGUGCCUUAUCCAUUUCAAAAACCUUACAAGGAAGUCCCCAUCAUAUUUGGAGAAUGGUUCAAUACUGAUCCUGAGGCCAUUAUAAGCCAAGCUUUAAGAAUGGGUGGUGGUCCAAAUGUUUCCGAUGCCUAUACUAUCAACGGAUUGCCAGGGCCCUUGUACAACUGCUCCACAAAAGAUGCAUUCAAGCUGAAGGUUAAGCCUGGAAAAACCUACCUCCUCCGUAUGAUCAACGCUGCACUCAAUGACGAGCUUUUCUUUAGUAUUGCAAAUCAUACCCUCACAGUUGUUGAAGCUGAUGCAAUUUAUGUUAAACCCUUUGAAACUGACACAAUUCUUAUUACCCCUGGACAAACCACAAAUGUUCUUCUUACAACAAAACCUAGUUUCCCAGGUGCCACUUUUCUCAUGACUGCUAGACCAUAUGUGACUGGACAAGGCACUUUUGACAACUCCACAGUUGCUGGAAUUCUUGAAUAUGAAUCACCAAUUCAUUCGAGCUUCUCAAUCAAGAAUCUUCCCCUCUUCAAGCCAACUUUACCUCCUCUAAAUGACACAUCCUUCGCCACAAAUUUCGCGGAAAAACUGCAUAGUUUAGCCAGUCGGGAGUUCCCCGCUAAUGUCCCCGACAGAGUUGAUCAACGUUUCUUUUUCACGGUCGGCCUCGGGACUAGCCCUUGUGAUAAAAACCAGACAUGUCAAGGACCAAAUGGCACCAAAUUUGCAGCAUCAGUUAAUAAUAUAUCUUUUGUACAACCAAACACGGCUUUACUCCAAUCCCAUUUCUUUGGCCAAUCCAAAGAUGUAUACAGCCCUGAUUUUCCAAUCAAUCCUUUCCACUGGUUCAACUACACUGGAAACCCUCCAAACAAUACCAUGGUUGGAAAUGGGACAAAACUCAUGGUUUUGUCAUUUAAUACUAGUGUUGAGCUAAUCAUGCAGGAUACUAGCAUUCUUGGUGGUGAGAGUCACCCUCUUCAUUUGCAUGGCUUUAAUUUCUUUGUUGUUGGACAAGGAUUUGGAAACUAUGAUCCUAACAAGGACCCUGAAAACUUCAAUCUUGUUGAUCCAAUUGAAAGGAACACCGUUGGCGUGCCCUCAGGUGGAUGGGUUGCAAUUCGAUUUUUAGCUGAUAAUCCAGGUGUAUGGUUCAUGCAUUGUCAUCUGGAAGUGCACACAAGCUGGGGUUUGAAAAUGGCAUGGCUUGUCUUGGAUGGAAAGCUUCCCAAUCAAAAGCUCCUUCCUCCACCGUCUGACCUUCCCAAAUGCUGAUAAUCGAUGAUCUUGAAUUUUAAUUUUCAAUCUGCCAUUGAGAUUAUUUCUUUGUUUUUCUCCUCUUUCCAUUUUUAACUUUUUUUCCCCUAACAAAACAGGCCCUGCCAGUUUUGGCACUGACUUGAUUCAUUUGUUCAUUUAUUUUGGCCAAUCUGAAAGUGAAGUGACUCCUGGAUUAUCUUUUGUCAUUAUGGUCAUGAACAAUUCAAUAAAUUUAUGAAAGUCUGUAUCUUUUGAUUUUGUUAGCAUUCAUUUUGCGGUAUUAUU